ACUAAAACAGAACUUGCAACUUCUAUUACUAACAUAAUUUUUGCGGAAAAAAAAUAGUAAUUCGUUCAAAUUAUCGACACAAUGGCUGCUUAUAGCAAUUGCUCAAUCCUCUUCGCGAUCAUAGCAUUAUUAUCCUUAUCAAGCAUCACCACAAGUCAUGCUGGUCGUAGCCUACUACAACUUCCCAAUUUGCCUACAAUCCCCUCGUUGCCUAAACCAACAAUGCCACAAUUGCCUAAUAUUCCCAAAUUUCCUGCAGCAUUGCCAACACUUCCAAUAGCAACACCAUUACCAUCUUUGCCCACAUUGCCUUCUAUUCCGAAAAUGACUCUGCCACCAAUGCCUUCUAUGCCUUCACUUCCCAACAUGCCUGCAAUCCCAACUAUUCCAACACUUUCACCUCCUCCAUCCAACUAAUCUUUCGGCUUCCAACUGUGUGAUUUUUACCUAUUUUAUCCUAUUGGUCUCUACCGUGUGUUUUUUAUUUUGUAAUUUU